AUGGAUUGGAUGAACGAGGCGUUUGGUGCCUCUCUGGAGAUGUCGUUACAUAUUUACCGUUGUCUGGAAGAUUAUAGCACCUACCGAAGUUCCUAUCUGCCUCGAUCGUUACGGACACCAUCUGAUUUACACAAGUUUAAUCUAUUGACGAGGUAUCAUGGGUGGUAUUGGUGGGAUGAUAAUUCGCGAAGGCAUCUAUUGGAGCUAUUAUUGAGAGCUGUUAAUGAUCCAGCUGCUACAGCGGAGGAUGUUACGAACGCUCUUGAUAGGAUCGGUCGGGUGGCGACGGAAUUCUCGAAAGCCGCAAGAGGGGAUUCGAAGGCGCUGUCUUUGGAUGCGGAUCCGAAUAUGUUUCGGAAUUUGGGAGAAGACCUACUCCUUCAUGUUUUCUCGGCUCUCAAGGCGUUUUCUCAUUCCGACCGUGCUACUCCCACUCAUUUCCUCGCGUGUUACUCCAUUCUUAAUCAGUAUUGGAUUCGCAUGAGGCAAGAAUGGCCGGACCGAUGGCCCGAGUGGGAUCAACCUGUCUCGUUCAUAUCAGAAUUGGAAGAAUGGCUCUCAACUACCCCCGAGGACAAUCGGUAUCGAAUACCGCGUAUCCUCAAAUGCGUAUGGCUGUUGAACAGCAUCGUGCUGCAACCCCCGAUUGCUUUUGAGAGAAGACCUGUACUCAAGUUUGCGAUGAUGUUGGAUAAGAAGAUAUUGAGUUGGGGGAUCAGUCAGACGUUGAUGGAUCAGUUGGGGGAUAGUGGUGGUUUGAGGACGAUGUCGUGGAGUGAUGCGUAUAAGAACUUGAGGAGGAUAUCGUAUCAAGUACAGGAGAGGCAAUUAACGGAUACAACGGUAGCAGAGGAGGAAGGGGGCUUGGAUGGGCUGAAGGGGGGCAUUGAGCCUGUGCCGGAUAGGGUAUACCCUCAUCUGACUUGA